UUUGACCAAUUCCGCUGAAAGUGACGGCUACCAUCAAAUCGGAGCACAGAGUUGCCAUCUUUUUGCUCGCUGAUGAUGCCAAUCAAUCCCCUCUCUCGCUCAUGAAUAAGCUCCCAUGGCCGGAAGCCCGGAGGCAACUCCAGACCCAGUCCCUCGCUGACACCAGCACGAACCCACGAGAGCAAGAAACCACGCACCGCGUCGCGUCUCACCCUACCCCCAUCCCAUGGCGGGCUCAGAUCGGAACAACAUCGUCAUCGCCUGCUUCGCCCUGCUCGUGUCGAUCUCCGCUCUCCAAGUCCCAUCCUGCAUCAUCGACGACGAGCGGGGUACUAGUACUAGUACUAGUGCGGGCACUACUACCGCAGCUGCUGUCACGGCAUCCGCGUCCGCUCCGCCUCCCCUCUUCGACGACGGCGCUCUGAUGAAGGCGGCCAUGCUGGCGCUGGCCGGGAUGGAUGCACUCGUCAUCGCCGCGGCGGUCAUCUACAGCCGCCACACGCACCACGCCGCCGUGGGCGCAGGCGGCGGCGGCAACUGGCGUGUCUCGGAGCUCGCCUUCUUCGUCUUGUGCCUGCAGCUGCAGGUCGGCGUCCUCCAGUUCGUCCUGUUCGUCCAGGAGCCCACAGCAGCUGCCCGUGAGCUCGGGGCCAGUGCUGCCCGUGCUUUGCCCUGCGUUGCCUUCGUCACCUUCUUCCUGGGCAUCACGCUCAUCUACGCGCACGUUGACGUUGGUAACGGCGGCGGAGCUGCCGGAGGUGCUGUCGCUGGCGAUGGACCAGUCCCGGCGCCCGCCACGGCCACCGUCAGGCUUCUUGCUGAUAUGACGCUCGGGGCUGCAUUAGCCUGCCUGAUGAGCAUCAUCCUCGCCUUGUUCUACAUCAAAACCAAGUGACAUUCAAAUAUACAAUUGAGGCGUUGGUGAACCUGAGAAUUACAUACCUAAACUACUUACGUAGUUUGGUGAACCAUCUGAUCUGAUGGUUCGUGCAUUAUUGGCAUAUACUAUGAUCUGGCUGUAAUAAAAAUCUCCUGAAAGAUAAGUGCCUUCUGCUUGGCUAUUUAUUUUGAAAAAAAAGUGAGGCCUACGACAGUUUGGGCCUUGUUUAGUUUUUUUUUUUUUUGCAAAAUGGAGUCUGUAAUACUUUCGUUUGUAUUUGACAAAUAUUGUCCAAUCAUGAAUUAAAUAGCCUCAAAUGUUCAUCUCGCAAAUU